UCUGCAAAUGUUAAUGUGUUCUACACAAAGAUAUUUGAAUAGCAGGAUGAAGCACAAACAGAUCCUCAAUGCAGGUGAUGUCACAUCUCAGUUUAAGAAAGGACACUUUAGAGGACAGUCAGACAGCAAAUAUAGAAACAUACUGCACACAGCUGUAUUAUCAUGUUAGCCCAAAACACAGAACCAUAAAAUCCUAUACUGGGACUGUAUAGGUAGAUGCAUCAGGAACUUGUUUUACAGGUGGCCAGGGAGUAGUUUUGCUGCCAUUAGUCACUCUGUAUUUCAUGAGUCCAUAGUCUUAUUGUUGAGUGAUGAUAAUGAAAUACUAAAAGUCUUUCAGUGGUUGGUGCAUCUUCAUUUUUAGGGCUGGGGUCGGAAGGGUCAGUUAGAUUCAUGUAACCACGAAAUCAUCAAACAAAUGCCAGAGAUAUUUUCUUUUGGCUCCCUCUGAAGAUGUUUAAGUCAGGUGAUGCUAUAAUUGGUCCUACAGGGGGCAGUUUGAGGCUACAGUGUUUGACACCCAUUUAAGACAACAACUUCCUUGUUCCCUCUGUGACAAACAAGUUCAGCUUCAUGCACUUUGCUAAUCCAGUGACAGUGUGGGACUGUGGGGACAAAAAGGAUUUCCUGCUCAUUGUAUCAUCCUUUCUGUUGUGAUAAACUGCAAGUAAUGUAAUCCAGGUUAAUUAAAUUCAUGUCUGAGGGGCGGGCAUGAGACAGGAUCCUCCGAAUAUCAAGUUGUUCAUUGUAGCCCCACAGACAGAAGGAAAGGGAGGGUGGAAUAGCGCUGGUGAGAGAGUCAAGGACCGCCAGUGCACGAUCCAGCGCUGAGAGCAUCGAUGAGGAAGUGUGACUGAACCUGCGGUGUGCAGGGAGGGAGGCAGCUCACCCGUGUAGUUCCUGGAUCACCCAUCAAAUCGUGCGGACUGGUGACCGGAUCGUACUGGGAGUUAUCGGAAUGUCAAGGGAAUAAUAGGACUAAUGUGCCUUACUGGCACCGAGUCGGUGCCAUCUCAGCGGUGAGUGGAGAGAAGGAGAGAGCAGGAGGAGGAGGGGUAGACAGUCUGGCAGACAGGUGCGACUCCACAGCCUGUUUCAUUUUCUCGCGGUCCUAUUAAGUAACAGAGCCAUGGAUACCCGCAAGGAAAACAAGGUAAGAAAAGCAAUGAAACCCAAAACGACGAAGCGAAAAGAGAAGAAAUACAAAACCGGGAGGUUUACCAGGAGGAAAUCGCUGCGAUCAUUUGGGAAUUUCAUGGGAAGGAUCUUAAAAACUUUGGGCACUUUGGCACACUUUGGCGACGUGGAACCGCCGGACGCGGAGGACGACGACGGCGGCUUCGGGCAAAGCGCGUCGGGUGGUUUCAAAGACUGUUCGCAGAUCUCCAGGGAGGGGGCCGUGAAGAAGAGCUCCACGGUGUCCUCCGCUCACGGCUCGGUGAAAGACAGGCUGUCGUGGUGUUACGGCGACAAGACCCCGGGGGUGCUGGGACUGAAGAACCACGGCAACACCUGUUUCAUGAACGCCGUGGUUCAGUGCCUCAGCAACACGGACCUGCUGGCCGAGUACCUCGGGCUGGAGCAGUACAAGUCGGAUGUUUGUCACGGGAGGGUGAACGGGGAGGUGAGAGGCGACGAGCGGCAGGGCGUCAGGGGAGAAGUGACCGAGCAGCUGGCGUUGCUGGUUCGAGCGCUGUGGACGCUGGAGUACACACCGCAGCUGUCUGUGGAGUUCAAGAGCACAGUGGCAAAGUACGCCUCUCAGUUUCGAGGAAACUCUCAGCAUGAUGCCCUCGAGUUCCUCCUCUGGCUUUUGGACAGAGUUCAUGAAGAUGCUAAUUCCAGCCCCAACAACAACAGUAACAGCAGCAGCAGGAAGACCAAAGUCAGCGCCAAGGGACACAGUUCAUCGGAGGAUCCGUCCAGUCCCAGUUCAGCCAGCACACAACAGCCUCGAGAUCGACACAGUUUUGUCCAGGAACAUUUUCAGGCUCAAUACAGGUCUUCUCUGACGUGCCCUCAUUGCCUUAAGCAGAGCAACACCUUUGACCCAUUUUUAUGUAUUUCCCUGCCGAUUCCCCUACGACAAACCAGGUCAAUGUGUGUGACGCUGGUGUUCAAUACGAAGGGUCAGAGGUACCUGCGCGUGGGGCUGGCUGUACCUCUGUUUGGUCCCUUGUCCUGCCUGAGAGCCAUGGUGGCAGAGGAGGGCAAAAUCCCCCCAGACCAGGUCAUCCUGUCAGAGUUGUACUCCACGGGUUUCCAGCGCUCUUUUUCAGAUGACGACGACCUGACGGCGAUUGCUGAUAGCGACGUUGUCUACGCCUUUCAGGCUCCACCCCUCUACAGCCGUGGAGGCUCCACCACAUCGCACUCAGGGUAUCACCACAGCCUCCCAUCCUCCCCCUACAACUCUACAGCUGGACCUGAUGGUCAGAGGUUACCUCCAUCUGGCACCCUCUCCUCUGAAUACCUGAACCAGGGCGGCUCCACAAAGGUCCUCCUCCUGAUCUGUAACACCGCAGGGUCUGGCCAGCAGGCUGUCAGGUUUGGACCUCCAUUUCUCAUGCAUGAGGACAGGGGCAUCUCCUGGGACCAGUUGCAGCAGAGCAUCCUCAGCAAGCUCUAUUAUCUGAUGCUGAAUGGAUCUCAGGCCCAGAAUGCUGGGCUGCUGUUUAAGAUCAGAGUUGUGGGGGGAUCGGCAGCGUACAGUUACCUGUCCCCGCAGGACAGCAGGCCACUGUACCACCCUGCAGUUGAGAGAGUUCUGAAGUUCUGUGGCCCUGGGGGGCCGCCCCAUGUGAAGCUUAUCAUUGAGUGGGAUCACAAGACUAAAGAAUGUUUGUUUGGCAACAUCCAGGAAGAGGUCGUGAAGGAUGCGGAGAGUGUGAGGAAUCAGCAGCAGCAGCACCUGCAGCAGCACAGCUGUACCUUGGAUGAAUGCUUCCAGCUGUAUACCAAAGAGGAACAGCUUGCCCCAGACGAUGCCUGGAAGUGUCCCCACUGCAAGCAGCUUCAGCAGGGCAUGGUGAAGAUGAGCCUGUGGACUCUUCCUGACAUACUGAUCCUCCAUCUCAAGCGCUUCCGACAGGUAGGCGAGCGGAGGAACAAGCUGUCAACCCUGGUGCGUUUCCCCAUGACUGGUCUGGACAUGGCCCCCCAUGUUGUGAAGAGGAGUCAGAGCAUGAGAAACCUGAACUCAGGAGCUUGGCCACCUUCCUGGAAGCAGCACUCAGGUCAGCACCAUCAACCUGCUGACAUGAUCCUUCCCCACGACUAUCUGUACGACCUCUAUGCUGUGUGUAACCAUCACGGAGGAAUGCACGGAGGACAUUAUACUGCUUACUGUAUGAACUCGGUGGAUGGACAGUGGUAUAGCUACGAUGACAGCAGUGUUGACUUGGUGCCAGAGGAAGAAGUAUGUACCAGAGGAGCCUACAUCCUUUUCUACCAGAGACGUAACACCAUUCCUCCAUGGUCGGCCAGUAGCUCCGUCAGAGGAUCCACAAGUUCAUCAGUGUCAGACCACUGGCUUAUCAGAUUGACAGGGGACAGUAAGCGAGGUAGUCUGGUCUCUCGAUCCUCCACCACCUGCCCAUCUUCCAUACCUGACUCACCAGAGUCUCCAGUCUUCCUUGACAAUGGCUCUAAAGAGGAAAGAGGGGGUUUUGAGAGCAGGCCAUUUAUCAGGGGUCUUCAGGGACGCAGCGUGAGCAUGAGAGCCCCCAGCAAGACCAAGGACACCCUGAACAAAAUGCUUCCUCUGCGCUGGUCCUUUGGUUCAAAAGACAGACGGAAACCUGACCCAGUUCCUUCAGCUCUCCAAGAUCCUGCCCCUGUAGAGUUGGUACAGUACUUGGAAUCUGGCCGGCGGCCCCGGUGCACUAAGGAUCCAAUAGUAACACUCAUGAGUGAACCACGCAGCACAAAGGAAACUGCUGCAACCAAUGUCCGCUCUUCCAGUGUUGGGGGCAUAAGUUGUGUGGGUAAGACAGGAGAUGAGUCUCCACAGGUACCAGAGGGGCAGAGGAGGCCAUCAGAAAAGACAGCCAGUUUGAGACGCAGCAAAGGAAACCAGACAAGAGAUGAGAGCACCAUGAAUUUCAGCAGUAGCUCUAGCAGUAACACCCUCAAUAGGAGUAAGGAUGCCAGGAAACAGAGCUCCUCCAAACCUUCCCAGGAUACUGAGGUAAAAAAGAGUUCCAGUGCUGGAGUUCAGUCCAGCUACAGCACUCCAAGUCUUCAUGAUGGAACUCUAAGAAGACAAAAAGGGGACAGGAUUGAUCGGGAACGUGAGGGUACAUGUGAAGGAAAUUCUAAGACCAAGAAAGGAGAAGUUCUCAAAAACCAUGAGGGACUGCUCUCCUUCUUCAAAAGUAACUUUAUAAAGAAGGAAAAGGACACAAGGAAGUCCAGGGAGGGUGAAUCAGGGAAAGGAUCAAGUGAAGAAGGAAGCAGGAGGACCCUCUCUAGGCUGUCAUUGUCCAAUGGGGCAGCAGGAGGAGGAACUCGGAUGGAGGGAGACAAGUCCAAUGGCUCAGGCCAUCUGGGUGAUGAGCUGGCAAAUGGGAAGGUGGGACGAAAGGCUGACAUCAAACGCUCCCAGAGCUCCUCCAACAUCCCCACCAAAGCAGAGCAGAGCAUGCGCAGGACAGCAUCUUUGCGUCGUAAUGGGAUGUCUACAGCCCUGGGACCAUCACGCAGCCUGACAACAGACAAAUCAUCUUAUGGUACCCUGCAAAAGACCCGUUACAGCACAACCUCACUUGGGCGCAAAAGGACAGUCCCCGAGUCCAGCUUCUGACACAGAGAUGUUUAACACUUCCACUCUCACAAAGCCUUUUAGCUGUUAGCAAGUGAAUGGCGUCCAGUCUCUGAGGCUCUGUUUACACCUUGCACUAAAUGUAUCUUUGGGGAUUUAAUCACAAAUGGACAGCUGUAAGUACAGGUGUGAAUGCACUCAAACGCUUUGAACACACACUGAGGUCCAGUCACUCACACCACAUUCAGAGGUCGUCUUGGUCACAUAUGACCACAUUCUUUUACCAGUGUGUAUGCAAAUGUGUCCUACACCACAGUGAAAGACUCAAAUGAUAUCUUCCACAAAACAUAAGAAGACACAACUGCAGGCAAAAUGGUGUCACAUGCACACGCUAUCACCUCCCUUUGGUUUGCUGUAAUGCAUAUAAAGUGUUUGGGCUCUCGUAUCUGUCAAGAUAAGCAGCAGGUGUUUGUGAAUACACUGUUUCUCCUGAUUUCACCAUUUAAACAGUAACUUCAGUAUACCCAGACUGAAAAACCUUUUGAGACUUGUUGGGUGAGGAGAAAGUUAAAAAACUUUGCGACUUUACUUCAUUAACAAAUCAUUCAUGCCUUCCUGGAAAAUCUGCAUGAAUCACAAUACAUUAAGUUGCUUAUUUCCUUGUGAAUAACAUUAUCAGUUUGUUGCGGCAUCGCUGCAUCAGUGUGUCAGCUACUCCAUGUCUAAAGAGUUUCUUACCUGUUUACAUUUAACAGCUAUUCACCUUCAGCGCAAGAAAGUCAGACCACUUGCAUGUGUUGUAAUUUAUAUCACGUGACGCUUCUCAGACCAACAUUAGUUAUUUGUUUUUUGUGUCUCUUUGUGCUAUUGCAUCUGGGGAAAUGAGAUCCAACCCAAAGUGGUCACUGGAAAUGUAUUCUAAUGACGUGUGAACUGACAUACAUGAAGCUGUCCAUUUGAUGAAUGUUAAUGCCAGGUGUGAACAGCCUCUGAGAUCAAAGCAAUAGGGCUCAAUUCACAGUGGUACGCCUUUUUGUUGCCAGAAAAUGAACUGGCUCGCACCAUGGAGUUGAGACACAUGGAGCAAAUUAAGGGUCCUUCAAUGUUGUGUUAUAAAGAGCAGAAUGAAAUGAUGUGAUGAUUUUUAUUGUUUUUUAUAUUACUUAAAACAAGUGCCUGAGCAACAAAUAUGCAGUUUAGACCAAUGAGUUUGUCUGGGUAGCACUGGAAGCACGAAAUCCCUUAGACACACACACACACACACACACACACAUAGCUACAAGCAUGAUAUCCACAUUUGUGUCUUAUUGCUGUAGUUUGAGUUUAGAGUAGAGUUGGAAUUCAUCACUGCAUUUUGAAUUCUUACUGUCGUUUGCUUACACUCAAGACACAAUGAUUGUGUUCAUUUAUAAGAAUGUAAUGUGUCCACUUGAUUGACGUUGGUGCUUUGAGGUAGCAGUUUCUCGUAAGCAUCCAUUUGGAUCACUUUAAACCAAAAGAAGUGUUUUGAUGAAGUAUUGAUUUAUCCCCAUGUGAACCAGACUGCAAUCAUGGUUUAUUUUGAGUUAAAAUUGCUUAGAAAAUAUUAGAAUCCUAACUAAUUACUCGCUGGGAGUGGUAUUCUGGUGGAUCAGAGACCUGGGUUUAUUAAUCAAUAUUUGACAAAAACAAAUGACCAGUAGUGUUAUAAAGCUGAGCAUCACAGAAUAUUCAAUAUUGUUGCAGUCUCCUCACUUAGAGAACGUGUACACUUUUUCUGUGACAUCAUUUAACAAUAUUGAAUGCAUUCCGUGCAUUUACUGUGUAUUUGUUGUAAGUUAACAUUAUUAGCGGUCAACACUCACUAAGAAUUCUGCAGAACAGAUCGCACUUAAGUUUGUACAUAUUCUUCCACCACAAUUUAUCACUUAAAACUGCAUUUAGUCAAUCAGUAAAUUUACUGUAUAAUUACAGUCUAUAGUGCGGUCCCUCCAGUCGUACAGCUUGCAAUAAACUUUUACUGUGAAAGACUCCAUCAUGGCUUCCUUCAGCUAGAGUCAGUGACACUGGGGACUCUGUUCCCUUCAACGAAUGUUUUCAUUAGUAUGAUAGAGUAAAUGCAAACAUAAAAAGGAAACUUUCACAGCUUAGAGUAUUUUUAUAAAUUAUGAUGGGGUUUAUGUUCUGUGAGCUUACUUUAUACACUCUGGAAGAUUUAUUUUGCUAUGGGAAACAUGCAAGAAUAUUUCAUGUACUUUAAUAUGUUAUGCUUGCUUAAUUUUACUAUCUUUUAUUAAAAUAACCAACAUUUAGGUAUCUUUUCACAGAAUAACUUGCCUCACAUUUAAAUUAUUACCCUUAUACUUUUGGCCCUAGUGCAGCUUCAGCCAGAGCAACUGGGAGACAAGCACUGCUCUGAAAGUUUUUUAGAUAACUGGUGGAGGACAAAAGAGUGUUAAUUUCAUUUUCAUGACUUGCAGCCACAAGUUAUAUGUGCACAGAUAUUUCCAGUGAUGCCUUCUCAGGCUCUACACAUGUAUGGCCCUACGUUGAUAUUUGCACAGUGCUGAGAUUUAAUUUGCACAUAAUAAGGGAAUGCUUUUAAUUAAAUAACAUUACUGCUUAAAAAGAUUGAAUGGCAAUGUGGUUAUACAGUCAGUCAGUCAUGCCUCACUGUUAGGUGCAAAAUGAAAUAUAAAUGAAAAUACUUCGCCCUCAGAAAUAGCAGUGUAUAACUGUCAAGAUGGUGUGACAGCUAAUUCAGUUUGUUAUUUAACUUGAUGAAUAUACAAGACAUUGCAUGGCCCACACCUUUUGUAUAUUCUCUUCUUUGUAUGGGGAAUCACACUGAAUAUGCAUCUUUUAUUCACCUCCUGAGUUUUGCAGCUUUCAGCUGUAUAAAUAGAGAAACUCAGAACCACUUGAAUAGGAAAAAAGUUUAUUCAUGUUAACUGCACAAAACCAGAAUUAAAAAUGGAAUUUCGCUGCAAAUAAAGCAUUUUGUUCAAAGCUUUUCACAAUGCCCCACUUCAAUAUUACAUUUGCAAUAAUAGAGUUAUAAGUUCAGAUAUCAGUUAUACAAUAAACAAGCAUGUCUUUUUUUAUUAUUCGGAAGGAAUCUGUAAGGAUUAAAAUUGAAGCAUCUGCAUUAUGGAAGUCAGUUUUCUAUGUAGAUCAUCAGUAUUGUGGUGCAGUGGUUAACGCUGUCACCUCACAGCAAGAGGGUUCUGGGUUUGAAUCCCAGUCUGGGCCCUUCUUUGUGUAGUUUGCAUGUUCUCCCUGUGCCUGGGCUUUCUCCAGGUAUUUCGGUUAAUUGGCUACUCUACAUUGCCCCUAGGUGUGUUUGUCUGUCUUUGUGUGCCCCUUUGUGAUUGUCCUUUUGGGUACCCCACAAGACUGGGUACAGCCUGGACUGGUCACCCACUAUCAGCUACCAUAGGUUCCAGCCUUUCACAACCCUACACAGAUAAGCGGAUAUAGAAAAUGAAUGAAUGGAUUAUCACUAUGUAGCUCAUUAUUAUUUAUAUCUUGAACACUUAAAUUAACAUUUUCACACAUUUAUGCCAAGGAUACAAGCUUCUAUGUCUUAUCAACAGUGUCAUUGUAGCACACUUUCCUUCCAAGCCUAUGGCACAUGAAGUUUUUUAUUUUAGAGGUGAGGUUUUGCUAUCACAUAGUGCAACCAUAAUUUUUAUGUAUCAGGAGAUGUCUUGGAUAGCUUCUACUUUCCCUAUAAAUAACUCUCUAAAUGUUUGGGUCCCCCUUGCCUCUGACAAGUUUCAGCCUCAAAAUUGUACAAAAUCCAUCAACAAUAACCAUAAAUGCCUGAGAUUUCCCCAAAAGUUGUGUCCAUACAGCUAGCCUCACCAUUUAAUGGCUGUGCACUUUGACUCACUUUGUAGACCAUGAUGACUCUUUGAAAGCCAAAAAGGUCAUGUUGACAAAUAAUUGAUCAUUAGUAAUGCUUUUAUUAAUGGAACACUGGUACACUAUGAAUCUGAUUUGUAAGCUUUUGUUGGAAAAGGUGUUUUCAGGGUGCAUUUUGUUGUGUUUUGGGUUUUUUUUUUCAGAAUCUUUACAUCUGUUAUAUUUACAAAUGAAUGAGUUAGGCUAAUUUGUGCAAGUGGAAAUGUAACUACUGAAAGUAGUGAAGUGUCAAGGAAGUUGACUAACACACAACCUAUACAAGAGCACAUUCCAUAUUUCCUCUAUUUUUAGCAGCACUUCCAGUAACCUGUGAUUGUGUGAGUCUGUUUCAAGUGUCUAAGCAAUAAUACGUGAAUGUCUUACUCACAUGGACUGUAUAAAAGUGGCAUAUGUAACCACAAGCAACCAGUUGAAUCUUGCAUUUGGCAUUUUGGCAUUCAUUUUUUUUUUCUUCUUUCUUCUUCUUUUUGACAUAUUUUGAUGAGAGACUGAGUCUGACUUUCUGAAGACCCUAGGACAAAUACACACCCAUCUAUACCUGCGUCCAAAUGAAUCGUUAGUCAAAGGGAGACAUGCCAGCAUAAAAGCAUACUUUCUUUAUAGUCUGCUUUAUUCUAAAUGGGACCAUAAUUUACAAAAUUGAUGUUAUGCUGUACUGAAGAAGACCGGAAACUCAUUAGGAAACUGUUAACUAAGGUAAUAAAUCAAUUGAGAAGAAGCUGUUUUAUUUCUCAUAAGCUUACAUACCAUCAGACUUCUUUUUGCAGCCAGUGGAGUUGCCCACUGCUGGCCAUUACAACUUUUCAGAUCCCAUCACUACAUGCACUUCUUUUACUGUAUACAAUUUAUGAAAAUUCAUAGGUGUUGGUCUUUUUCCUUUUUCAAUUUUGAUUGGGAAGUGCUGUGAAACUCAUUCUUUGAGCUGGUACAUGAAAAGGUGAACACUGAAGAAGUCAAGCACACCAAAUAUUAUUCUCCAAAAUUGAUACUAAACCACAAAGUGAGAUACUUUCUCCUUGCCAGGUGAAAGCACACUCAGCCAUUCAAAGGUUGCACGUGAUCACUGACAAAUUCCAUUGUAUUUUCUUUUUUUCCUGAGGACAAAACCAGACAAGGACAAUUUAUUUGAAAGAUAAAUGCUGUUUUACAAUAGGACAAAAGCUUUCAAUAGGGACACAAGGUCUGUAUGCAUUAGAAAUUUGUAAUUUCUUUUGUGGUUUUCUGUGCAAGGCUCGUACAGUUGAGGCGCCACAUGAUUAUACACAGUGUUUACUGUGCCAAACAGAGCACUGCUAUUGAGUGUUAUCACAUUUUUGUGAAAUGUUUUUAUAUGCAAUUUUCUACACUUUAUUAAAAAAACAGUCUGUAUAUAUUUGUGGAUGCACACAGAACUGUGUGUGGGUGUGUGAGAGAGGCAGAAAGAGUAAAUAAACAAGUUUAUUUUCAUUGACCUUUGACCUCUGGAGUGUAGUGUUUUGGGAAUAAGAUGCCAAGGUGUCCAACUGAACUCACAUGCAUUGUAUUCUAUGUUUUGCAAAAGGGUGUAACAAGUUGCUUUCACUGUAAAAGCAAUUUUCUGCCUAAAUUGUCUCCUGUACAUGAUGGUAUGUUUUAUUUUUUAAUACACUAAAUUAAAAUGUAAUAUUUAUGAAUUA